AGAGACGGCAGGAGAAUUGUGGAACUGUGCUUUUUAGCUGACCAGUUGAAAGCGGGUUGUUCGGAGUGUAAAAAGAUCUUAAACAUCAUACAUACUGUGCACGAAAAGACCUAGGGUCUGGGGUCAAUCCUUUAAAUUCAGUGCGAGGAAUGCUCACAGCUCAAUGCUAUAAAGACUGGGAAAACUCAUCGCAGUCCUGCCAAAAAGAGUGUAGUGAGACCGAUAUGGGGCAUAAAUGCAAAGGCCGCAACAGAGACAAAGCAGAAAUAAACUCUAGCUCUGAUGCCGCCUGGCAAAAGCGAGGAUCUGGCAGAGCAUACAAUAGUUUGUCAGGUGAUGGCCAUGUUGCUCUCACACCCACAGAGCAUCCAGAAUUCCACCUGUUACCAGAGGUUCUGCUAAGUCAGUGGAGGCUUCUAUAGUUGUAGAGCUUACAAGGGGCUUGACAGGAGAGCUGGACCUAGACAACAAAGGGGGAAGCCCAGUCUAUACACUACAGUGUUGGCAAUAUUAUCAUGGAUGGAGAUACAACCACCAUAUCCCACAUUAAUCAAAAUGUGAAUGAUCAAAUCAGUGUCUGGUCUGACAUUGGACAUGCCAAGAAAGCGCUCCAUGGUCACCUACUAAGAAUAUCUUCCAGCCACAAGGCUUUGAGCAAAACUGUCAUUGACUAUCUUGUCAAGUGCUUUGGGUAUGUCCUGACGCAGAACAAAGACAAUCCAGAGGGCAUUCGAAACGAUUGCAAGGUAAUUCCAAACCAUGCUUUUGGGGACCACAGUUCCUGUGGUUCAUGGUGUCAGUACAAACAAAAUCAAGAAAGUUAUCACCACCGGUCAUUAUCUCAUGGCAAGGAUCUUGAAGGAGAGGAACUAAAGGGAGAUUUGUUACUGUUGAAGUAAACAGUUACUAUUAUUGAUCA